UCAUUAUUUUCAGUAAACAAAUUGUUACUUUGAAGACUCAUUCAGGUCAUUUGUUGAUAUGGCCUUGGAUUGACUUUACAUUUCUUUUAGAAAAUGACACUUAAUUUUUGCCUAAGGAAUUUUAUCUGACUUGAAAGGGAACGUCAUAACACAGAAGAAAAUCGCCUAUAUCUUGCAAUUGAGCAUGAGUCUUCUUAUGAUUAGUGAGAAUGUAAAGUUGGCUCGGGAAUACGCCUUACUGGGGAACUAUGACUCUGCGAUGGUCUAUUAUCAGGGAGUUCUUGAUCAAAUGAACAAGUACCUCUACUCAGUCAAAGAUACAUACCUCCAGCAGAAGUGGCAACAGGUUUGGCAGGAAAUAAGUGUGGAAGCAAAACAUGUUAAGGAUAUCAUGAAGACUCUGGAGAGCUUUAAACUGGACAACACACCCUUGAAAGCUGCCCAGCAUGAGCUUCCGAGUUCUGAGGGAGAAGUCUGGUCCUUGCCUGUACCUGUUGAGCGAAGACCCUCACCAGGCCCUCGAAAACGCCAGUCCCCUCAGUGCAGUGACCCGAAGCCACACGGGAACCGUUCAAGUACAGCUGUGAGAGUUCACCGUCCAUCGGCCCAGAAUCUUCACAGUGACCGAGGCAAGGCCGUGCGUUACCGAGAAAAGAAAGAGCAGAAUAAAGGCAGAGAGGAAAAGAGCAAAUCACCUGCUGCAGUUACAGAACCAGAAACACACAAAUUUGAUAGUACUGGAUAUGAUAAGGACUUAGUAGAAGCUCUGGAGAGAGAUAUAAUUUCUCAGAAUCCCAAUAUUCGAUGGGAUGAUAUCGCGGAUUUAGUAGAAGCCAAAAAAUUGCUUAAGGAAGCCGUGGUGUUACCUAUGUGGAUGCCAGAAUUUUUUAAAGGCAUUAGGAGACCAUGGAAAGGAGUGCUAAUGGUUGGCCCACCUGGCACAGGAAAGACCCUCCUUGCUAAAGCAGUAGCUACUGAAUGCAAGACAACGUUCUUCAAUGUCUCUUCAUCAACUCUUACUUCCAAGUACAGAGGAGAGUCUGAGAAGCUUGUUCGCCUUCUGUUCGAAAUGGCUCGAUUUUAUUCUCCAGCCACCAUCUUUAUUGAUGAGAUCGAUUCCAUUUGCAGUCGCAGAGGGACUUCUGAAGAGCACGAAGCAAGCAGAAGGGUGAAAGCCGAGCUGUUGGUUCAGAUGGACGGUGUUGGAGGUGCCUCUGAAAAUGAUGACCCAUCCAAAAUGGUGAUGGUUUUGGCAGCUACUAAUUUCCCCUGGGAUAUUGAUGAGGCUUUAAGACGACGUCUUGAAAAAAGAAUCUAUAUUCCAUUACCCUCAGCAAAAGGCAGAGAGGAGCUACUCCGGAUAAGUCUACGUGAGCUGGAAUUGGCUGAUGACGUUAACCUUGCAAAUAUAGCGGAAAACAUGGAAGGUUAUUCGGGUGCAGACAUUACCAAUGUGUGCAGGGAUGCAUCCUUGAUGGCCAUGAGAAGGCGUAUCGAAGGGUUGACCCCGGAAGAAAUCAGAAAUCUUUCAAGAGAAGAAAUGCACAUGCCGACAACCAUGGAGGACUUUGAAAUCGCUUUAAAAAAGGUUUCUAAAUCAGUAUCUGCUGCAGACAUUGAAAGAUAUGAGAAAUGGAUACUUGAAUUUGGAUCAUGUUAAAUUCUCAUACAAACUGAGAAAACCAGCCUUACAUGUUUGAAUAAUUAAAUGUAGUAUUUCAUUAUA